AUGCCUUCAAAACUUCCAUUAAAUGUCGUUUUUUUUGGUACAGAUGAGUUUUCAAUUCCUAUUCUUCAUAAAUUAGCAAGUUGCGCCCAAAGGAUACAUAUGGUAAGUGCUGGGGGGAAAAGGCCUAGAGGAAGAGAUCCUAUUUCAUUACCAGCAGCUGCUACAGAAGCAAAAAGAAUUGGGAUUGAAUGUAUUGUAUUGAAAAAAGGAUGGGAUGGGUUUCAGUUAAAACCCGAUGACCAUUUGGCUGUCUCUGCUAGUUUUGGUCGCUUUAUUCCAGAAUCAAUUUUGGGUCAAUUAGUUCACGGUGGGAUUAAUAUCCAUCCCUCUUUUCUUCCAAAAUACAGAGGAGCAAGCCCUAUAUACUCAACGAUUCUCCAUGACGAUACUGAAGCUGGUGUUACAAUUCAGAGGAUGGACACAACGGAAUUUGACAGAGGAAGGGCGCUCGCUCAGGGUAUACUUCCGCUUCAUGGAGAUGAGCAUUAUAAUGAUCUCAGAGACAAACUUGCAAAGGGAGCCUCAUCAAUGCUAAAUUCAGUAUUGCAACAGUCCCUCUACAAAAGAUCAAAUUCAAGACCCGACUUAGAACCAACAGUUUAUGGAACCCUGACAGAUUUAGGAAAGUAUCAACAAAGUGAGAGUGCUUUUCCAAUUCCCACAGCAAGUUGGGCUCGAAAGAUAUCUCCAGAAAGCGCUCGCAUUAUCUGGGAGUCAAUGACAAGCAGACAAAUAUACAAUAUUACCAGAGCGUUUGAACAUGCAUGGACUUUAAUUAAUGAUAAAAAGAUAUUUCUCUAUAACUUGAUGCCUCUACAACAAUGGUUGAACCAAUCCAAAGCUGAUGUUUCCAACGACAACUGUGAUUGGAAUCAAAUGCAACCAGGUCAGUUCACUUUAUUUAAAAAAAAAUUUUUUAUAAUUAAAACCCUCGAUUCCGCUAUUGUUGUAGUAGGUGGAGUUCAGCGACAAUCUGGAUCUUUUGUUUCCGCAUUGGAAUGGGUACGAACAUAUAACAGCGGUAAAGGAGGAACAUUUAUCACUGAUUUAUAA